AUGAGGACGGCUUGGCCACAAAUGGAGCGCACUCAGGUUUCUCCCGUGACUCCAGUUACCUUCAGCUAUGACUACUAUGAGGACAACUGCCAGCAUCAACAUUUGGAUCAGAUGUCUACUUUCCUCCCUGUUCUGUACACCACCGUGUUCCUGGUUGGCAUCAUCGGCAACUCCAUCUUAAUAGUAGCCUUGGUCUUCAAGCGACGAAUCCAGAGGCUGAUUGAUGUCUUCAUCAUCAACCUCGCCGCUUCCGACUUCAUCUUCCUCAUCACGCUGCCAUUCUGGGUGGACAAGGAGGUGUCAGAUGAGAGCUGGAGGGUAGGCUCUUUCCUCUGCAAAGCCAGUUCCUAUGUCAUCUCAGUUAACAUGUACUGCAGCAUCCUCCUCCUCACCUGCAUGAGUGCAGACCGGUACCUUGCUAUCAUGUAUCCCUCUACAGCCAGAAGGGUGAGAACAAGAUCCUACGCCAGUGGGCUCUGCAUGGGCGUCUGGCUCUUAUCGUGCUGCUUGGGGGUGCCAACUCUCUUGUCGAGGGAACUGAGGGAGCACUACGGAAAGACGUACUGCACAGACAAAGCCAUGACAGAGGCAAAGCAGAUGGCAUCACUCAUGAUUUUAAUCCUGGCCUUCUUUUUCCCGCUGCUGAGUAUCUUAACCUUUUACUGCUCCAUCACCAGGAAACUGUGUGUGCAUUAUCAGAAGUCUGGGAAACAUGAUAAGAAACUGAGGAAGUCCAUCAAGAUAGUCUUCAUUGUAGUGGCCGCUUUUGUCGUCUCCUGGGUCCCCUUCAACCUUUUCAAGCUUAUGGCCAUCGUUUUGGGCCUCCUGAAGCCGCCUGACUGUUUUCCUGACCUGGUUGCCCAGCUGGGCCUGAAGGUGAGCAGCCCUUUUGCGUUUGCCAACAGCUGUGCCAACCCUUUCAUAUACUAUUGCUUUGACAACUAUAUUCGCAGAGCCAUGCUCAGGUGCCUGUGUCCGUGGCUCAAAAUGGGCAGUAGCAGCAGCAACUCUGAUACCUUGGACACACGCCUGAGUCAUUCCUUAUCCAACUUUGUAGGAGGGGAAUAUGCCACCAGAAAGAGGAAGCGGUCAGUGUCCCUCUGA